CCAGGGGCCCCACACCACCUCGCUGCCCACUCACGCUGCUCAGGCACAGGGAGCCAUGCCCAGGGAGGCUGGAGAAGCAGACAGCAUGGGAAGGGCUGAGGGCACCAUGCCAGCAGAGCCUGGGGACCCAGAUGGCAGCGACCCUGGAGCCAUUAGUCUGCGCCCGGUGGAGUCCAUCAGCGACCUGCACUGGGCCUUGGCUGGGCACAAGGGUGCAGAGGGCAAUGGCCCAGCUCUCUCCAGUAGCCUGCAUCAGCCUCGAUCUCGCCCCAUGCCCCCCAGCCCCACGGUGCUCCUGCCCACCCUGCGACCUGCACCUGCUGCCAGCUCCUGCCCCUGCCUGGGCCCCAGUCAACCCCUGCUCCUGGCCCUGCUGGGGCUCCUGGCCCUGACGAGCCUGGUCCUGGCCACUCUGGCUGUCUAUCUAAGCGUCCUACAGAGCCAAUCGGUGAGGGCACUGGCCCAGUGGCUGGAGAGCCAGGAAGACGCCGUGCACCAGCUGCGGGCAGCCAGCAGGCAGCUCUGGGCUCACAUCAAUGCCAGUGCUGAGCCUGGCGGGCACCGCUGAGCUGUUCCCAGCCCCACCACAGGGCCACCAUGAGAAGGGACAGCAAAGGGCAGGAGUGGGGGAGCAGUCAGCCCCACCACCCCCUCAUCCCACUCAUACCUGGCAGCAUCGCCCCACAGGGUGCAGGUGGUGGCAAUCCUGGUAUCCACCCCAGGCUACAAGAAAAAGGGACAGGGCUGCAAGGAUGGGCACCCACCCCAGUGACAGCCCUUCCUCUUCACAAGGCAGAAAGCACC